GUGAAAUCUUUUCCCUUCACUUUAUUGAUCUGAAUAAUUAGCAGCCUAAUUAUUAUUCUAGAAGGAGCCUCCUGAUUGGCUGCUGCCUCUGACGUCAUCGAGCGCUCCGGGCUGAGAGGAGAGAAAAAAGUGUAGAGUGAGUCCGAGGCUCCGUCUGCUCCCGUGGAAAUCGCUGAAACUAGAGUUAAACUCAUGAAAGAAACCGGCUGACGGCCCGGUUGUUGCUCGGACUUUUGUCGUUACCUCUCCCCCCCUUUUUUUUCUCCUGUAAAUGUGUGUUUUUUCAGCGAGACUUUAGGCUGGUGGCUCGUUAACGCGAAAGUUCAAGUCUGGGAUUGUCUCAUCUCGAAGUUCCCAAGAUGAACUUCGAUCCGGUGGUCGGGAAACUUUAUGUGUCCUUGUGGUUGGCUGCCGUCCUCUUCGGGUUGGUUUGUAGCGCCGCGGAGCUUCCGGCCCCUCAGUGGUCCAGCGAUGAACACAGAAACCUCACUGUCCGACGGCACAGAGUGUGUGUGGAGAACGAGCAGUACCUCCACCAGGGACUCUGCUGCCUCAACUGCCAGGCCGGAAGCUUCGUGCAGAAAGCCUGUGAAAGAGACCAAGAACCGGGGACGUGUCUCCCCUGCGAGCACGGCCAGACCUACACGGAGCACUCCAACGGGAUGAACCGCUGCCUGCCCUGCACACACUGCCGCUUAGACGAGAUUGAAACGACGUCCUGCACCACCACCACAGACACCAAGUGCCAGUGCAGGCCGGGAACCUUCUGCGUCCCAGAUCAGGCCUGCGAGGUGUGCAAGCGAUGCGCCAAGUGUAAAUCAGGGGAGGAGGAGGUGAAGAAGUGCACCCCCUUUUCUAACACCGUGUGUCGGAAGCGAGACCCGUCCCCGACCGAGACCGCGCCGGUCCUCCCCUCCACCACUCCGUCUCCUCCGUCAAGCCCCGUAGUUCCUGUGAUCAUCGUCUUGGCCAUCAUCGCCCUCGCCGUCCUGGUCGGAGUGGUUUUGUGGUGGUUCUUAAUCAAGCAGCAGUCAUGUGAAACGCCAUGUUUAAAGAGUCACUGUGAUUCCGGUGAAAUUGUAAAGAUUCCUAUCGACGAGAGCGGCGCCACGGCGGAGGAGCGGCAGAACGAUCAAAACGCCGGCCUGGAGGGCGAGGAGUCCCGGCCCGAGUCCAGGCCGCUGCUGCAGGAGACCCAGGUUGGGAUGACCAAGGCGUCGCCCCCCCUGGAGGACGAGGACAGGGGACUCGGAGACAGUUUGCCCAACACCACAAGCUCGUCUCAGACCAGCCUGUCGGCGCUGCCCACAGCAGCUUCCUCUGGUAACACCCCCCACCAGAGCCCCACCGCCUUCAGACUGCAGCCUGCAGACAUGGAGGAUCCUCUGCGACAUCGAUUGGUGCCACUACAAGGCUCAGAGAAAUCCUUGAGGAAGAGCUUUGACCUGUUCGACGAGUACCUGGACGUCCGGAUCCACAACAAGUUCUUCCGAAUGAUCGGCGUCAGCGACAACCACAUCCGGAUCGCGGAGAACGGCCCGCCCGGCGACAAGGUCUACGAACUGCUGAAGAACUGGAUGCAGCGGCAGGGCCUGAAGGCCGACAUCAACGACCUGCUGGAGGCCUUGCUCGGUAUGGACCAGCGCCGCUCGGCGGAGAGCAUCGCCUCGGCGGCCCUCGGGAAGGGCUACUACAGACCGGCGGACACGCCCUGAGCGCCGACGCACCGCUGAAUGAAGGCAACACCAAGUACUUGCAAGAAGAAAAAAAAGAAACAGACGAACAAGCAGAAGCACACAAGACACGGCGGACGGACGCCGCGUCUCAUGAACGGGCUUACCUCUUUGUGGCUGACGGCCAUGCACACAAAAGCCAGUAGUUUUAAAAAAAAAUGAGAAAAGAAGAAGAAAAAAAAACACACACAAAAAAGGGGAAAGUCGAGCUGCAUUGACGGGCGAUCUGAAGGUUCUUGACAACUCGCCAAAUGCUGAAGUGUCAUAACAAGAAAACAAACAAACACACACUUGUUUUGUUUUGUUUCAUCUUUUAAAAGAGCAGAUAAAAAUCACGAAGGCGUCACACCUCCGCAAGGCAGAGACUGCUGCAAGCGGCGAAGCUCGAGAGAAAAGUGCAGCCAAAUACUGAAAGCCUCCACGUCUCCGGCUGUGUGUCGGACUUCUGGUUCCCUCUCCAGAUCCUCACACGUUCCCUGGAGACGAGCGUAUACACUGGUUUGUAGGAGUGGCAUUAGCCAUGUCACUGAAUACUGUGCCGCCUCCAUGCACUGACCUCUGGCACAUGUAGGAUUUGAAACAACAGUCAUGCUAUAUUUGUUGUUUUGUAGAUGUAGUUCUCUUUGAUAUAUAUAUAUAUAUAAAUAUAAUCAGUCCAUCCGUUUGUUAAGACAAAGGUUAACAUGAAUGAUUACUUACUAAUCAAUGACUGUACCCCUCCAGUGCCACCUGAGGGUCUAAAUUUAUUUUAUUUUGGGUUGUUUUUUUUGUUUUUUUCACUGUAAUUUCAUCAGUCAAGUCAGAUCAUCCAGUCGUUUAAAUGUUCAGUGUUAAAUGUUACACACACAGAAACACACACAACAGCCAACUGUUUCAUUUAUUAGACUAGGCAAAUGUUUCCAUCAUGUUUAACGUGGAUAUCUUCAAAGGUCAUUUUUAUUUAUUGACAUAUUUAUUGUAAUGAAUAAUAAUUAUCGCUCAUUAUUUAUACCAAUGCCAAAACAACCCUGGAAAACACACACAUACGCUCACACACACACACACACACAGAUAUGUCUCAGAGUAUUUGUGAUGAGAUGUUUAAGGCACAGGGCAAAAAAAAAAAAAAUGACUGAAAUCUGAGUUUUCAAGUUGUACUUUUGUUUUUGUUGAACGCUGUUCCUGCUUUUGCCACGCCGGCCGUUUUGUGUGUCUUUCGAGUUGUUUCAUGUCCACCGAAAAAAGAAAAAAAAAAACAGAAUGUGUCAAAUUGGAGUUGAAGUGACAGCACUCAGGGGCUGGCGUCCUCGCUCUGACUGCUUCUCAGAAAAUCACAAGUGCUACGAAUCCAGUCAUAUAGAAGAUCGAGUGGCUCAUGAGGAAAAUGAAAAGUCCAAAAGAAAUCAUCCUGGAAGCCAAAUCUGAUCAACCUGCUCCCUUAAAAAUCUGUCUGACAUGUCAGACUGCUCCAAACAGAGCCGACCUCAUCUGAUUAUCCCUCUGCUAAAGAAAUCAGGACGUUACCAAGUACAUUUUUCUAGUUUCUGGGGAAAUAAUUCAACCUCAUUUCAUAUAGGGAAGGCAAUUCAUUUGUUACUAGCAUGAUUUGGGAAAAAGGGCUUUAUUGUCUUUAACAGAGAACAUCAGAAUGAAGUGAGAAAAACAACAGAAGACGUCUUAAAAACCACGGAAUAAAGAGAACUCAACUUUUUAAAAGUGCAUCAUGAAAGCACACAUAGCAUGUGGAAUAUAUGUGUGAAAGUUCAGAGAAAUACAGUCGUUUCUUCAUGUGUGGGUCUAACCUUACAGUUCAUAACAGUAGAAGAUAAAAAAAAAGGGCCUGAAUAUGAAAUUAAAUAACUGAAACAGUUUUCUAGCUCAUAGCUUUGCUCAGGGAUGUUUCUGCUGAUUAACUUCGAUCAUCACAGGUUCGUAGCUCCUGAAUGAAAUUCUAAACUUCUGCAUCCUUAAACCAAGAAAAGUUGCACUUGUUCCAGCUGUUUCCUGGCUGAUUAUGGGUCAAACACAGAGACAGUCACAUUCACACUCAUCCUCAGAUGAAGGGAGAACAUGCAAACUUCCCACAGAGAAUACAAAUCCUUUUCUUGAAUAGCGGACUUUUCUGAAAAGCAGCCACGCUCGAGCCGCGCCGCGCUGUAAGUUUUCCCGCCACCCGCGUUUUCCCGCCACGUCGCAGCUCGUGGACGCAAACCGCCGUCCUCUGGAGUAGCCGCCGCUCCAUUCAACCGGCCGCCCAGACGGGUGCAGGUACGGACUGUUUUGUCUCGAUCACGCUCAGACAAGAUGAAGGAAACCUUUUCUGGAUUUUAGAAGAAGCUGAAAGUUGUUCUCCCGUCUCUGCCCCCACUUGUACAUACAUAGAUUUAUGUCCAGCCUCACUCAGUGUAUGUGUAUAUAUGCAGCGAUGUUAACAAAGUUAAAUGAAUAUGGCGAGGCAUGAAGUUUUUUUGAUUUUUAUACCUUGUUUGUUUUGUUUUGCCCGUUUUUCUGCAUUCUCUCGUGUAUAAAGGAAAGAGUUACAGAGUUAUAUAUUGUUGCUGAAGAGUGAUCCUACAGUGCUGGCACUGCCAUCUAUUGACCGACAAUGAAAACACAGGCUGCAUCAAUUUCUAUCAACCCUUCAUCCUUUUCUUCUUCUUCUUCUUCCUCCUCUUCGACUUCGACGCACCUCAUUUGUAACUGAGAGCGUUUUUUUUUAAAUGUCUCUACCUUUUCUGAAGAAGCAUAGCAGUGCAUGUUUUUUUUUGACUCUGCAGCAAAUAAUGUCUUUCUUUUUUCCCUCCAUUUCUGUGUUUUCACAUACUUCAUUGCAGACCCAAACUGUUUAAUCCACUCAUGUAAAAAAGCUCCUUUCAGCCUCACUUUGAAGCCAUUUGUCCCCCCUCUUGCCCCGUAGUUUAUUGUUUGCUUGUCUUGGAUUUCAGAUUUAAAUGAUGCAAAUACAGUGAAGCUGUUUCUACGUCCAUUUCAAAUAAAUGUUUUGUACAGAUGG